AUGCUGCCGCGAAUGCUGAAAAUGCGAACGGUGGGCACCGUUCUGGCCAUCGUCUGGCUCUUCGCCCUCGCAUUCCUCUACGUACAGUCCUCGGCGGCCAAUCGGACCCAAUUGGUUUGAAAAUCAUUCAGAAUUGCACCCCCAAAAACCUAUUUUAGGAGCCGAAAAAGUACGUAAAAGUGCCGAAAUUUGACCGAGAACCGGUGGUAGCCGUGCCGAAACGGAGUGCCCAUCCGGCUCCGACGAUCGAUUUGGCAGAGGACACGACGAUCCACGAGAGGAACGAAAAGGGCGUCACGUGGAAGACGUUCGACGUCGAAAAGUUUCUGAACAAGGAAAAUGGCAUCAGGGAGAGGUGGGCAGCCAUGUUGGAUUCCCAGAAAAUAACGAAACUUUUCAACUUUUGUUUGAGUGGAAUUGGUUCUUUGAUUCCUUGACCGAUAACUCAAAGGGAAGCAUAACAUUUACUCCAACUUGCCAGUUGAUCACUUUCUUCUUCAAUUCUUCGUUCUUAAGAAACUUUUUGCCAGCAGUCUGUAUCUCAAGAACGAAGAAUUGAAGAAGGAAGUGAUAAACUGGUAAGUUGGAGUAAAUGUUAUGCUGAUCAACUUUGUAGUUAAAGGUUGUCCUCUGCAAGCAUUUCCUUUGAGUUAUAAGUGAAAACUAGAGUCAAAAGCUAUAUCAAUUAAGUUUUUCGUAACUCUUAUUUGCAGGACAAGUACAAGGCGAAUUCGUUCAACCAAGAGGCCUCGGACGCGAUCGCUCCGAUCCGAAAGAUUCCGGAUUCGCGGGAAGCGCCAUGCCGCGACGUCGACUAUUCGCAGAUUCAGAUGGAGGCGACGUCGGUGAUAAUCACGUACCACAACGAGGCACGCAGCUCACUCCUCCGUACGGUUUUCUCCGUUUCAACAUGUCUCCGGAAGAACUGCUCCAUGAAAUUGUGCUCGUCGACGACAAUUCGGAAGACGUGGACAUUGGAAAAGAGCUGGCUCAGAUGGAGAGAGUGGUGGUGCUGCGGAACAAUCGGAGAGAGGGACUCAUCCGGAGUAGAGUCAAAGGCGCGCAGGUGGCCGCAGCACCCAUCCUCACCUUCCUCGACAGCCACAUUGAGUGCAAUGUGCAGUGGUUGGAGCCGUUGUUGGCCAGAAUUGCAGAGAAUCCGAAGGCCGUCGUCGCGCCCAUCAUCGAUGUGAUCAACGUGGACAACUUCAAUUAUGUGGGCGCCAGUGCCGAUUUGAGAGGCGGUGAGCACUGAGCAAACGGCUUUUCGAGGCUUAAAGCCCCACUUACGAUCAUCCAAACAGACUGUGACUUGACAAGAUUACCCAUCUAGGUGUGGAGUAUUUUCUGUAAAAGUCCUUCUGCAACUUUCACAAAAUAUACUCCAUAGCAAGAUGGUAUUCUUUUGAUCCCAAUCGGAUAAUCAGAAAUGCGUUUAAAAGUCAACUUUAGGAUUCGACUGGACGCUCGUCUUCCGGUGGGAGUUCAUGAACGAACAACUGCGAAAAGAACGCCACGCCCAUCCGACGGCUCCGAUCAAAUCGCCGACGAUGGCCGGUGGACUGUUCACCAUUUCGAAGGACUGGUUUAACGAACUGGGCACAUACGACCUCGAUAUGGAAGUGUGGGGAGGAGAGAACCUGGGUACUCUUCAUAUUUCACAAAUUUCCUACCGAAACCGGCAAGCUCCGUCCCCUUUGACAGCGUCGGCGUUUUAUUUUUCUGAUUUGGCGCUGAAUCAGCGAAAUUAGCGAAGCAGUUGUCGAGAACUGGAGGGGCGGAGCUUAUGGUACCCAUCAACGGAAUCUCACAAAAAUCCUAUUUGCAGAAAUGUCGUUCCGCGUGUGGCAGUGCGGCGGCUCGCUGGAAAUCCUUCCGUGCUCGCGCGUCGGCCACGUCUUCCGCAAGAAACACCCAUAUACGUUCCCCGGCGGCUCUGGAAACGUCUUCCAAAAGUGGGCGGUCCCCCUUCCGGAAUCCCAAUCAAACCUUCGCGAAGCUUCUUUUCAGGAACACGCGGAGAGCGGCCGAGGUUUGGAUGGACGACUACAAAGGAAUCUACCUGAAGAACGUGCCGUCCGCGCGAUUCGUCAACUACGGAGAGUCAGUAGCCACGUUUCUUUUAAACUUGUUCGGAAUUGGUCUUGUUCUUCUCUGAUGACCACUCGGAAUACCGACAGUCUUUGCUUUUUCUUUGUUUCCCGAGUCGAUACGAUUUCGUGAGCGAAAAGUUGCCUUUUUGCAGCAUAACCGAGCGUUUGGCCGUUCGUGACCGUCUUCAGUGCAAAUCGUUCAAAUGGUACCUGGAGAAUGUGUAUCCGCAGUUGGAGUGAGUUUAUUGAACAGAAAAUUGACGGAAAGGGAGCUCCCACAGAAAAUAACGUGGGUGCUCUCGGAUUUUACGGUUUUGCUAAAAGUUGAUCUCGAAUUUUGGAAUUUCCUCAAAAACGAGUCUGUUUUUUUGCGCAGAGUGCCGAAAAAGACGAGCGGCAAAUCGAUGCAGGUGAAGAUGGGCAACCUGUGCCUGGAUUCGAUGGCCCGAAAAGAAAACGAGGCGCCGGGAUUGUUCGCGUGCCACGGAACGGGCGGCAAUCAGGAGUGGGUGUUCGAUCAGCUCACCAAGACCUUCCGCAACGCCAUCAACCAGUUGUGCCUCAAUUUGGACAAGAAGGCCGUCACCAUGGUCAAGUGCGAUACGGUACGGUUUUUUGGAAUGUUUUUAAAAUGUUGGAAAUGCUUUUUGUUUAGUUGCGCGUCGAAACGAUGAUGGUGGAGAAGAACGGAUGGCUGACGCAGGGAGGCAACUGCUUGACCGUCAAUCAGGUAUGUUUUGAAGAGAAGACGUCAUAAUUAUUCGGAAUCCCCAAAUAUUAUCCGUUUCCAGGGCUCCGGCGGUGAAUGGCUUCUAUUCGGAUCGAGUUGUGAAGUGAACAACGGCGCGCAACGAUGGAUUUUCGAAAAACUCGCCACUUUUGAGUGA